UCAACUGUAGAAUCUAUUUCAGCACCUGAUAGCUAGAAAAGGGAGCCGUCGAGGCAUCGACCUAUCAAAGUAGAUGGUGGUUCCGUACUUGACCGCUUCCGGCUUGCAGAAGACCCCUUGUACACCUGGGCAACUUUGGUUCAUUGCCUAGUUUAAAAUCAUACUUUCUCGCAUAGCCUGUUGCUUAUUCUCUAUUAAAAACAGAAGAUGUUCCUCUUUUGGUUUAAUUACUUUGAUACAAUAGGGAUAGAAACCAACCAGUUUUGACUAAUGAAAUAAAAUAAUUCGUUGUAGUAUGUUUAUGUUCACGGGAAUGACGCUUAGUCUUCGUUCUCACCAUCGUGCAGGCAAGCAACUCUUCUUAUACCAUUCUCAGCUUCGUUCUGUUCUCAGGUGCUUCUCCUCUCGUCAAAGCAAGACCCAUAGUGACGGUGCCGAUGAACAGAAGCGGGGAUGGGAUGAUAAAGCAAAAUCAUCUAACAAAACCAAGAGAGCAAAAUCCAUGGCUCGUGUCAUCAACUCCACGCCAUGGUCAAGUGAGCUUGAGUCCUCUCUUUCUUCUCUAUCUCCGUCACUUUCUAAAACCACUGUUUUGCAAACUCUCCGCCUCAUUAAAGCUCCAUCUAAAGCUCUCCAAUUCUUCGACUGGGUUCAAAAAAUGGGCUUCCAUCACAAUGCUCAAUCCUUUUUCUUGAUACUUGAAAUAUUGGGUAAAGAAAGGAAUCUCAAUGCAGCUCGUAAUUUAUUGCUUUCAAUUGAGAAAAGGUCUAAUGGGUCUGUUAAACUUGAGGACCAGUUCUUUAACAGCUUGAUUAGGAGCUAUGGUAAAGCUGGGCUGUUCCAAGAGUCUAUUAAGGUCUUUGAAACUAUGAAAGGCAUUGGUGUGUCUCCUUCGGUUGUUUCAUUCAAUAAUCUUUUGAUGAUUUUGCUUAAAAGGGGACGUACUAAUAUGGCAAAGAGUGUGUUCGAUGAAAUGCUUAGUACGUAUGGAGUUUCUCCGGAUGUUUAUACCUUUAACAUUUUAAUUAGGGGGUUUUGUAUGAAUUCAAUGGUUGAUGAGGGGUUUCGGUUUUUCAAGGAAAUGGAACGAUUUAAAUGUGAUCCUGAUGUUGUUACUUAUAAUAUAAUUGUUGAUGGAUUGUGUAGGGCGGGAAAGGUUGGCAUUGCACGCAAUGUGGUGAGAGGUAUGAGCAAGAAAAGCUUGGAUUUGAAUCCUAAUGUUGUUACUUAUACUACUUUGGUUAGAGGGUAUUGUAUGAAGCAAGAGAUUGAUGAAGCUUUGGUUGUUUUCAAAGAGAUGAUUAGUCGACGGUUGAGACCGAAUAGGAUUACUUACAAUACUUUAAUUAAAGGGCUCUCUGAGGUCCAUGAAUACGAAAAGAUAAAAGAAAUUUUGGAGGGAAUGGGGGAAGAUGGAAGAUUUGUUCCAGAUACUUGCACUUUAAACACGUUAAUAAAUGCACACUGCAAUGCUGAAAACAUGGAUGAAGCAUUGAAUGUGUUCAAAAGGAUGUCUGAAUUGAAUGUGCUACCAGAUUCAGCAACUUAUAGUGUUAUCAUCAGGAGUUUGUGUCAAAAAGGGGAUUUUGAAAAGGCAGAGGAGUUCUUUGAUGAGCUAGCAGAGAAGGAGAUAUUGUUAAGUGAUGUGGGUUGUACACCUCUUGUUGCAGCAUAUAAUCCCAUGUUUGAGUAUUUAUGUGGAAAUGGAAAAACUAAGAAAGCUGAGAUAGUGUUUAGGCAGCUAAUGAAGAGGGGAAGACAAGACCCUCCUGCUUACAAGACUUUGAUCUUAGGGCACUGCAGGGAAGGUACGUUUAAAGAUGGUUAUGAGCUCUUGGUCUUGAUGUUGAGAAGAGAUUUUGAACCUGGUUUUGAGAUCUAUGACUCACUGAUUAGUGGUCUCUUGCAGAAGGGUGAACCUCUUCUUGCUCACCUGACCCUAGAGAAGAUGCUGAAGAGUUCGCAUCUCCCUCAAACAUCUUCUGUUCAUUCUAUACUUGCAGAACUUUUGAAAAAGAGUUGUGCUCAAGAGGCAGCCAGUUUGGUAACUCUAAUGCUGGACACAAGAAUUAGACAAAAUGUCAAUCUGUCAACACAGACUGCAAAAUUGCUCUUUGCAAGAUGGUUGCAAGAUAAAGCAUUUCAAAUUAUUGGAUUACUUUAUGAUAAUGGCUAUGUGGUUGAGAUGGAAGAACUAGUUGGUUUCCUUUGUCAGAGUGGAAAACUUUUAGAGGCAUGCAAGAUGUUGCAAUUUAGUUUGGAAAAGCACAAGAGUGUUGAUAUUGAAAUGUGCAGCAUGGUUAUAGAAGGUCUUUGUAACAGCAAGAGACUUUCAGAAGCAUUUGGUUUGUACUAUGAACUGGUGGAGAGAGGAAAACAUCAACAGUUGAGAUGCCUUGAGAAUUUGAAAAUUGCCUUAGAAGCAGGAGGAAGGUUAGAUGAAGCUGAGUUCGUAUCAAAGAGGAUGCCCAAACCAGCAGCACUACCAGAAGAGAGUGAAGAAAGGUUCUCCCCCAAAUUGAAUUAUAAUUCUUUAUCUUUCUUACGCAUGCCAAAAUGGAAGGCUUUCUUGAAACCAAACUCUCUCCAAGAACAAGCUAACCUCUCCUUUAUAUUCUCUGCUCAUGGAAACGCCUACAUUAAAGUUUUUGUCAAGAACCUAGUCAGUGUCUUCUUUGUAGGCCUCCUAAAGAUGUCAAAAACUGACAGUAAUGGUGCUCCGGGGCAUCGGCUUAGGCGUGCUUCCACAUCAGGGAAGGCAACAGUGCUUGCAAUGGGCAAGGCGUUUCCAAGUCAACUCAUCCCUCAAGAAUGCUUGGUGGAAGGCUACAUUCGUGAUACAAAAUGUGAAGAUGCCUCCAUCAAAGCGAAACUGGAACGUUUAUGUAAAACAACAACUGUAAAGACUAGGUACACGGUCAUGUGCAAGGAGAUUUUGGACAAAUACCCAGAACUGGCAACCGAGGGCUCAUCAACAAUCAAACAAAGGCUUGAAAUAGCAAACCCUGCAGUUGUUGAGAUGGCACUGGAAGCAAGCCUAGCUUGCAUAAAGGAAUGGGGAAGGCCUGCUACUGAUAUCACCCAUAUCAUCUAUGUUUCUUCCAGUGAGAUACGCUUACCUGGUGGUGAUCUUUACCUUGCUAGCCAACUUGGCCUAAAGAAUGAUGUUAACCGGGUGAUGCUCUAUUUUCUUGGUUGCUAUGGUGGUGUCACUGGCCUUCGGGUAGCCAAGGACAUAGCUGAAAACAAUCCAGGAAGUCGUAUUCUGUUAACUACCUCUGAAACCACCAUCCUUGGUUUUCGACCUCCAAACAAAGCCCGCCCUUAUGACCUUGUUGGUGCAGCACUUUUUGGUGAUGGAGCAGCAGCAGUUAUCAUUGGAACCGAUCCAAUAACCAACUCGGAAUCUCCUUUCAUGGAACUCAACUAUGCAGUCCAACAGUUCCUGCCCGGAACACAGAAUGUCAUCGAUGGGCGCCUCUCUGAAGAGGGCAUAAACUUCAAACUCGGAAGAGACCUCCCUCAGAAGAUUGAAGACAACAUCGAGGAAUUCUGCAGGAAACUCGUGUCAAAGGCUAACCUGACAGAAUUCAACGACUUGUUUUGGGCUGUGCAUCCUGGAGGACCAGCAAUACUGAACCGCUUGGAGAACACUCUCAAACUGAACAAUGGGAAACUGGAAUGCAGCAGGAGAGCAUUGAUGGACUACGGGAAUGUUAGCAGCAACACCAUUUUCUAUGUCAUGGAAUACAUGAGGGAGGAGUUAAAGGCAGAGGGAGGCGAAGAAUGGGGCCUUGCGUUAGCAUUUGGUCCUGGAAUCACAUUUGAAGGCAUUCUUCUUCGCAGCCUGUAAUCAACAUUCAUGUUGCAGAGUUGCACGUACUUGGAUUUCUAGUCAUUUAUGUCAAACUUGCUAGCUAUAUAUUCAUAUUCUGCUCAGUUUAAAUCAGUAACUAAGAAACAUAAAAAUCUUCAAUUACUCUCUCAAGUCUCA